AUGGUACGGUAGUAUUAGUAGUAGGUAGAGGUAGAAACAGAACUAGAAUAGAACCAAAGACAGAACACAAGAGAGAGUAGGAGCACCUUACAAAUCAAAACACCAACAACACAAACACAAACACAAACACAAACACAAACACACUAUACCCGUUAUCAGUUCUCACCAAAGAAAUUAACCUUUCCCAUUUUCAAAUUUCACCGACCUUGUUUCUCAGCUGUAAUUCAGUCAAACUCACUCAUGCUGGGAAUCUCAUCUUUACCGGAAACUCCCAUCCAGACCCCGCCGCCGCACCUCGUGCAGGAGGUUGCUGCUGCUUCCGCCGUCGCCGCCGCCACUGAUGGAGGACCACUCUCCGAUGGGUUCAAAACGGAGCACGGCGAGGAUGGAGACCGCAGUUCCGGCGCCAACCGGUGGCCUCGGGAGGAGACAAUGGCUCUGCUCAGGAUAAGGUCUGAAAUGGACGUUGCCUUCAGAGAUACAAGCCCUAAAGCCCCUCUUUGGGAACAAGUCUCAAGGAAAUUAGCUGAGCUAGGGUAUCAUAGGAGUGCUAAGAAGUGCAGGGAAAAAUUUGAGAACAUCUACAAGUACCAUAGGAGGACUAAAGAAGGCCGUUUUGGCCGAGCCAACAACAGCGGCAAGACCUAUCGAUUUUUCGAGCAAUUGGAAGCUUUAGAGGGCAACCUGGUUCAUCCUCCUUCUUCCUCUGAAGGACAACAACAUCAUGUUCAACUUCAACCGGACAGAAAUGUUGAUGUGAUUCAAGAUGCGGUGCCUUGUUCGUUUAGAUUCCCCGGUGCAAAUGUGGUGGAGUAUUCGAGCUCGGCUACUUGCUCUUCCGGGGAAGGUGGUGAGAAGGGGAAGAAGAAGAGGAAGCUGACGAGGUUUUUCGAGGGGCUGAUGAGGGAGGUGAUAGAGAGGCAAGAAACGCUGCAGAGGAAGUUCAUGGAGGUGCUUGACAAGUGCGAGAUGGAGCGAGUAGCGAGGGAGGAAGCGUGGAAGGUUGAAGAGUUGGCGAGGAUUCAGAGGGAGCGUGAGGUUCUGGCUCAGGAAAGGGCAAUCUCUGCUGCAAAAGAUGAAGCCGUGCUUGCCCUUUUGAAAAAGAUCACAGAAAACUCUGCAGAUGGCACGGUGCAAUUACCAGAGAAAUUUUAUGUUAUUCCUGAUGAAAAUGCUAAUGGGAAUGUGAAUGGAGAGGGAGAGAAGCAGCAUCAAGAGGGUGGAAAUGCUAAUGUUGGUGUUAAUGUUGGGAGUUUCAUACACAUGAGCUCAUCAAGAUGGCCCAAAGAAGAAGUGGAGGCUUUGAUACGGUUGAGGACACAGCUUGAUGUGCAGUCACAAGGGAAUAAUAAUGGAUCCAAUUCCAAGGGACCUCUUUGGGAGGAGAUUUCUUCAGCUAUGAAGAGCAUUGGCUAUGAUCGCAGUGCCAAGAGGUGCAAGGAGAAAUGGGAGAACAUAAACAAGUACUUCAAGAGGAUGAAGGAGAAGAACAAGAGGAAGCCUACGGAUUCCAAAACUUGUCCUUAUUAUCACCAUCUUGAAGCUUUGUACAGCAAAAAGCCUAAGAAGGUGGACGAUUCAGGUAGUUCAGGUAAUGAGUUGAAGCCCGAGGAGCUUUUGAUGCACAUUAUGGGGAGUCAUGGAGAGAGGCAACAGUUAGAGUCUUCAUCCGAAGAUGGUGAUAGAGAGAACAUGGAACAGAACCAGGGUGAUAAUGAUGAAGAUCAAGAUGAGUAUCAAAUGGUUGAUAAUAGUCCUUCCACAGGAAUCAUGAGUUGAACUUAAUUUGAAGAGCUAUUCUUUGAUUAACAUGUUGGAACUUCUUCUGUGGCAACCAAUGAGGGGUUUUGCAAUGAUUUGUCAAACUUAAUGAUUUGUCAAACUUGGAUCAGUGGGAGAUGGGUUGAAAAUUGAAUCAUCAACUAGCAGGAGUAGAUUGUAAUAUUUGAUGGUGUUUGGAAGCAAUACACUAUUCAAAACCAAUAUCUUUGGUGGUGUCUUUUUGUGAAGUGAACCAAACAUGAUACGCGGAACACAAGAACAAUAAAGAAAGAGAGAUUUGUCUAUCUGUAAAAAAUAAAGUCACUGGGCGUGUAAUUUGAUGUUAUGAAUUUUUUUUCCCUAGAAGUUUGUAAUCCCAUGUGUGAUCAGGUGGGAAUAGUUGGAUUUGUUUAUUUGUGAUGAUAAAGAAAGGCAUAGUGGUGAAUGAAAGUGUGUUUUUUGUUUAAA